AUGUGGUUGGCGGUCCUCAUGCAACGAAGUAUUGCAAUGGAUGCCAGUGACGCCCGUGCACAGCACCAGGACAUUGACGUGAACUAUGUCACGGAAAUGCUGGACAAGCUGGAGGUCUUUAUCAAGAAGCAGAGUUAUGUCACACACGAGCAUUUCAACAGCGAGUUGAAACGGCUCCGGGGAACAAUGGCAACGUUGGACGAUUCAGCAGAUCUCAAAAUCCUCCAGGGCGUGGUGAAGGGCACUGAGAUGGAAAGGAUGGAGGCCGAAGCAGCUUCUUUGGAAGCUGUGCAGUACUAUCAUACCGUGCGUGCCGCGUCGGGAUCCACAGGUGGGGCCCCAAGCUGUGACUUUCUGACGUGUGGGAAUCACGCAGUUUGCAAGUCUGAGCAUGACAGAGCCUUCUGUGAAUGCGUUCCCUGCUUUAGUGGGGAUGGCUUCACAUGUCGGCCCUCCAAGUGCACUGCAGACGUUGUAUAUUCUCCACAGCUUAUCGUCCCUUAUUCAUCAAGCGGAACCAAGCCGGACCCAGUCAUGGCCCGCGAUGUUAGUCUGUCUCUCAUUGGACGAGAUGGCUUGGUGGUGGCCAUUCGAGAUGAGCAGCGUGGAAAUCAGGGCUUCCUUAGCAUUGGACGGGUGAAGUCCAGCGAGAUUAUGUGGGGAGAGUGGAAACUCUUCUCUUCAAAGUCCCAGGCCUUUGAGCCCACAGUGGUUGGAAUUGGUGAACGCAUGCUUAUCGCAUACAGAGAUUCGGAGGAAAAAGGCGCAGGUUAUCUGGUGAGCGGUCAGCUCGACAGCACAGACCUCACCGGCUUCAAGGUAGAGAUCGGGCAGCCGUACUUGUUGCACAAGAGGUUGCAGCAGCGAGUUGCGCUGGUGGCAUUGUCAGCUUCUCGUGCAGUAUGUCUGCAUUCAGCUGUCAGUGACAAGGCUGCAGGCAACGCUGUGCUUGUACAAGUACACGCAGGAGGUCUCAGCUUACUUGGUAAAUAUCAUUUUGGAGGCGAGGCUCCGAUUUCUCACAUCGCUUCAACGAAGCUGAGCGAGGAUUCUUUUGUGGUCGCCUACCGUCAGCAACCUCCAGAUAGCCACGAGAUUGGCCUCACAUCCAAGGAGCUAUCUGCUACGUGGAUGAGAGUUUCCGAUGAUGAUUUUCUCAUCGUGAGCCCUCAUCAGUUUACGCUGGAGCCAGAGCGUCCAGACAUGUAUGGCCGGGACAUUGCCUUGGUGUCUCAGAACCUGUUCGCUUACUCGUAUUAUUCUGGCGCGGAAAGGAAAACCAAGAUGUCAUUGGUUCGGGUGGAUCCACUUUCGCAUCAGAUGAAAGCAGUUGGCGAUCCCACAGUCCUCAGUACUGGCUACAGCUCCUUUGUGGGAGCCGUAUCGCUUCCGUCUGGAUCGGAGACGCCGAGCACGUUCACCUACAUACAGCCUGCGGGAGACAAGAGUGUUGCAAAGGUAUGCGGUGUGAGCUCCGAGGGCCGUAUAUCUGCUUGCAAAGAUGUGAGCUGGGCAGAGGGGGAGUUCGAUGCUGCCACGGCCAUCAAGCUGCCGGACGGCCGUUUGCUCUUCGCUUUCCAGAAAGGAGGAACCGUUCAGACUCGCUUCUUGUCGGCUGAGGAAGCAUCUGCGCAGGACAUCAGCAUGGCGGUCGUGUGA